CCAUUUGACGUUUGACGUUUCUUGCAACACUGCGUACCAACAACAAAUCAAGGCCAACUUCGCAGCAAAAACGUUUUUUUCUCCCGUAGCAAUUUUCAACUGUUGGACCGCGGUGAGUCAAGCGCACCCUACAAUCUGUUGUUUCGUCGGCCAAAUACAGAUCGUGCCGAACCCAUUCUGAAAUCUUGAUAAAGCGCAUUACACUAUCGCCAGAAUGACUCUUGUCUGGGGCAUCAUUGCAUCGUUUCUGUACGUGGAGAUAUUUGUCGUGCUGCUGCUCGUUCUACCGCUCCGGAGCCCACAGCAAUGGCAUCGAUUUUUCAAAUCCCGCUUCCUGGCGAUGCUGAGCCGCCAGGCACAGACCUAUUUCUAUCUGUUGCUGGCCGUGUUGGUGCUGUUCCUGCUGGAAGCCAUCCGCGAAAUGCGCAAAUACUCGUCCAAUGAUCACUCGCACACCGAAACACACUUGAACGUGGAGAUGCAGCACAGCAUGCGAUUGUUCCGCGCCCAGCGCAACUUUUACAUUUCCGGCUUUGCCAUCUUCCUGUCGCUGGUAAUCCGGCGCCUGGUGUCGCUCAUCAGUGGCCAGGCGGUGCUGUUGGCACAGGCCGAAGCCUCGAUGAAGCAGGCACAAAGUGCAACCAGCGCUGCACGCACCCUGAUGAAUCAGCAGAAGGACGACGAUAAGAAAGCUGACGCCAAGGACAAACCGGCAGGCGGUGAUGCUUCGAAUACCGAAGAGCUGAAGAAGAAGAUUGCCGAGCUUGAGCAAGACCUUGCCAAGGAGCGCAAGGAUAAGGAAGCGAUGAAAUCGCAAUCGGAAAGCCUUAACCGAGAAUACGACCGUCUAACAGAAGAGUACAGCAAGCUGCAGAAGAAAAUCACCAUUUCCAGUGCGGACAAAAGCGACUAAGAAGACCGGAGGCGGAUCAUCUUCCGCUAAUUAUCGGCAUUAACUUUUCAUUUCUUCCUGCGGUUUAAAGGAUUUUGUUUAUUUAUGGCGUGUUCUAAUGUUCAUCAGUCAUUUAAAUUUAAGUGCUUUUUCCCUCUACACGUUACGGUAUCUUUCGACUAAUUCACGGUUUGCGUUAACAGUUCAGGGUCCUUCCUGGUUUCCCAUUUCAUAGAAGCGUUUGCAUUUCCUUCGAUUUAAUGCUUCUUACGUUCAAUAAGUUUUUUUCCUGGGGGCGACAGGGUACGUCGCGAACAGAGCAACAAUGCAGCAUAGAAAGGAAAUCCUUUCCGAGACAGGGUGAUAUUAAAACGAAAGUACUGAAUUUCGAGCGACAACACAAAUCUAUACUGUUUGCAAAUGAAAACACAAGCCUAUUGAAUGUAAGACACUGAGAUAAAAUAAAUGUUUAAUAACGAAACCA